AUGUUCGAUGAGAGAGAGGCGUUGUGGUGUGUCAAGCUGACACUGUGUAAUGAAGAUGAUCAAGAUAUGAAGGAGAUGUAUGAGCAUCAAAAGAAGAGUGUUGGUGGUGGAGAUGAGCAGGCCAGUCUCCUCUCACUUGGUAGAAUUUUAUUCAAUAUGGGCGAAUAUGAGAAAGCGAAACAAUACUACACUCGUGUAUUGGAUGAGCCGAGCAAUGAUGAUAGAAAUGUUGCUGUGUGUCAUCAACGACUCGGCGAAGUAAGUGUAUCACAAGGAGACUAUGAUGUUGCACUCAAUCAUUUGAAUGAAGCCGUGAAACUGUACAAGAAGUUUCAACAUGCACAUGACACAGUAGACAUUGCUAACUCUUAUUAUUGGAUAGGCACAGUGCACAAGUACAGAGAGGAGUAUGAAACAGCGCUUUCUUAUUAUGACAAAGCUUUGGCUAUACAACAAGCGAAGCUUCCUGCUGAUCGUGUUGAAACCGCCCAUACUCUGAGUGAAAUCGGUAAUGUUCACUAUCGGCAAGGAAAUAAUGAUUCUGCCUUGUCUUAUCAUCAGCGUGCUCUUGUCAUGUACAAGAAGGUGUUGCCCCCGACUCACUGGUCCAUAUCAACUAGUCUGGCAGAGACUGGCAACGUGUAUCUCACCAAGAAAGAGUACGAUCGAGCUCUCCAUUAUUACAAUCAAAGUCUCCAGAUUCAACGAAAGACACUUCCACGCGAUCAUCCGGACGUAGCUACUACUUACUAUUCAAUCGGUUUUAAAAUAGCAAAAACAUUUAUUGAUGAAUUAAAAAUGACUAAAUUAUUAAAAAGAAAUAAUAUGUAUAAAUUAAAAGAACUAUCAUUAGGUGUUCAUAAAGAACAUGAAACAACAAGUAAUGUUCAUGGUUAUUCUGAAUCUAAACUCGAAACAUACAAAUGA